UGACGCCGUAACCGACAGACACAGCCGGGCGCCACGUUCCACCCUCUCUCCAAGCAGCACACACCGCCGGACGGAGUCUGUGUGCGGGCGUCGUGCAGUGCGAGCAGCGAUUCAGCCCAAACCCAAUGCACUUUCAUGCUUGCGCCGUGCAAAAAGUUGACCACACAAAUUAAGUAGCGUAAGGCAAAGCCCAGGCGGGCCGAUGCAAAAUGGUUGCCGUACAAAGCGGCCAGUAGGUCAGGCCCCCAGGAAGCUGCUAAGCGUGCAACGAGUGUACGGGCGUGUGUACGGGUGUGUGGGUGCGGAUUUCAGUGCGAGUGUUAGUGUGAGUGUGGAACAGGAUCUGCAGGAGCUGCUGCUACGUGCCUCAAUGAGCAUUUUGUUAGGAUAACUAAAACGCGCUCCGGUGUCGUCGCUCGCCAGAGCAGUCCCGGCUCUGAGUGGAGUGGAGUGGUGUGUGGGUGUCCUCGGUGUGUGGCUGUGUGUGUGUGUGUGCCGGGAAAGUAGUGAGAGCUGAGCAGCGAAUAACGAAAAAUCCAUUUGCCGCAAAUUGAGGAAACACCGCGAGCAACGUGCAACAACAUGUGUAAACGCUAACGAGCGCGUAAACGUGGCAAGUGCCCCAGCGCCAGCUACAGCUCCACCUCCACCUCUACCUCCAGCGGCAGCGACAGUGACAGUGACAGCACUCGUCGUCAAGUGAAAGAACAUUUUGAUUGAUUUUGAUUGACAUGCCACUCAGAGGGCGGAACACCCACCAAGCGGCAGCAUCCCCAAAAUGGGGGACAAAUAUUAAAAAAUAACACACGCCUCCCUCCCAAAAGGAACCCGUUGAAAGUUGGCGAAGACAAACACAAAAUAUUACGAAAAAUUACUUGAAGCACUUUCCGGUGCAUGCAACAACAACAAAAUACUGAAAUAAUUGCCUCAAGGGCUGUCAACGAAAGUGCCACUAAAACAGGAAAAAAUUCUAUUCAAUGCCCAGAAACAAAAUGCAAUCAAAUCGGCGCCCAUAAAAACCGCAUAAAAAAAAGCACAAACGCAAAACAUAUAAUAAAAAUCCACAGAAUCAGUCGGGCUAAUCAACUACAACAACUCUAACAACCAAAUAACAACAAAAAACAACAACAACAACAAACGAAAGAAAGAAAGAAAGAAAGAGAGAGAGAGAGAAACGCUGAGUUGGGCAACAAAUUUUUUUGGUGUCUCUCAGUUAGAUUUUGUUCCCAUGGCCUCCACAUUAUAUCAGUGUCUCGGUGUAAUAUAUAUAUACGUGCAUUUAUAUGUAUAGAUAUUCGAUUGCCUCCUGCUCGGCACAUAAAAAAGGAUAAAAUAUUCCGGCAUUGAUUUUCCACCAGCUAAACAGCAGCCGGAAAAAGUUGAUCGCAUCGGGGGAAAGUUUCCUUGGACAUUUUCGGUUUCUGGCGGACAUUUAAGCCGUGGAUGAUUAAAACGAUAAAAAGAUCUUCUUCAACUGAAGCUAAACUCCAGAAAGUGUGCCAGCGACACGAACAGGAACAGGAAAUGCAUUACAUUACCAUUUCGUUAAGGACAUAAAAAGCCUUUCUUGGCCAGCAGUGAAACAACGUUGCCAUCGGAGACGGGCUCAAAGGAAGAUAGAAAGGAGAACGAACAGAGCAGAAAGGCGCAAAGCAGACAGAAGAAAGGAAAAACCACAAGACAGAAGGCAGAAAGCCGCACGAGGCGACAAUAGCGAAAGGCGUUGCCUACUUCUGUGCGCUGUCAGGGGAAAAAUCAAGAGGCUGGCAUUUUUAUGAAAUUAAUACAAAAGGCAAGGAGUAUAAGCAGCGGCAGGGGAAGUAGAAGUGGCAGCCAUGACAAAAGUGACAAGGACAGGACAAUGAUGAGCAUCACUCUGAUUAUAAUGGCGGCCCAGCCACAAUGCGGGCCAUGCAACAGAGCGGCGACACUCGUCGAGUAGAGCGAGCGCGUGAGCGACGGAGUGGCUGGAGGACGUGACAAGAGUCCGAUCAGCGCUAUACUAAAGCAACUGCGACAGAGCAGAAAGUGCUAAUCAUAUUGGCGGAGCAACUGCCAUUCCAUAAUUUGACAGGCAGACGUGACCGGCUGAGCGGCACAGAAAACACUUGAAAAAUUUGCAAGGAAAAACCUAAGGAAAUUUAAACCCAAAAGAAGCGAAAGAGGGAACGAAAAUGUCUGCUCCUUUGAUGGUGCUGCUGCUACUCCUGCCACUGGUGAGCAUCAUCGCCGGUUGUCCGCCGGAGGUUUGCAUCUGCAAGUGGAAGGGCGGCAAGCAGACGGUGGAGUGCGGUGGCCAGCAGCUGGCCAGCAUUCCGGAGGGCAUGGAUCCGGGCACACAAGUGCUGAACUUCAGUGGCAACUCGCUGCAGGUGCUGCAGUCGGAGCGCUUCCUGCGCAUGGAUCUGCUGAACCUGCAGAAGAUCUAUCUGUCCCGGAAUCAGCUGAUACGCAUCCACGAGAAGGCGUUCCGGGGGCUGACGAAUCUCGUGGAGCUGGACCUGAGCGAGAAUGCGCUGCAGCAUGUGCCGAGCGAGACGUUCCAGGACUACAGCUCCCUGAUGCGCCUCUCGCUGAGCGGGAAUCCCAUCAGGGAGCUGAAGACCUCGGCCUUCCGCCACUUGUCCUUCCUGACCACCCUGGAGCUGUCCAACUGCCAGGUGGAGCGCAUCGAGAACGAGGCCUUCGUGGGCAUGGACAAUCUGGAGUGGCUGCGGCUCGACGGCAAUCGCAUCGGCUUCAUCCAGGGCAACCACAUCCUGCCCAAGUCCCUGCACGGCAUCAGCCUGCACAGCAACCGCUGGAACUGCGACUGCCGCCUGCUGGACAUCCACGCCUGGCUGGUCAACUACAACACUCCGCUGGCCGAGGAGCCCAAGUGCAUGGAGCCGGCCCGGCUCAAGGGCCAGGUCAUCAAGGGCCUGCAGCGGGAGCAGCUGGCCUGCCUGCCCGAGGUGAGUCCGCAGUCGAGCUACACGGAGGUCAGCGAGGGUCGCAACAUGUCCAUCACCUGCCUGGUGCGUGCCAUUCCGGAGCCGAAGGUCCUGUGGCUCUUCAACGGCCAGGUGAUGAGCAACGACAGCCUGAUGGACAACCUGCACAUGUUCUACUACAUCGACGAGAGCAUCGGCAGCAGCGGGGCCGAGGAGAAGCGCAGCGAGAUCUUCAUCUACAACGUGGGAGCCGAGGACAAUGGCACCUUCUCGUGCGUGGGCCAGAACAUUGCCGGCACCACCUUCAGCAACUACACGCUCCGCGUGAUCAUCAAGGAGCCGCCGGUCGUCAACGAGGUGUCCUUUCCGCGCGACUACAUGAACUACAUUGUGGCCAGCAGCGCCGGCGGCGGCAUCAUCUUUGUGGUGCUCCUCUGCACCAUUGUGGUCAAGUGCAAGCGCACCUCGGAGCCGGCCAAGCAGCGCAAGAAGUGCGACCAGGUGACGAGCAUUGCUGGCGGCACAGACUCCUCCACGGGCAGCACCCAGGACUCGGGCAUGGGCAUGAUGAAGUGCGCCUCGAUCCUCAACGAUGGCGGCGACAGCAUGAACGGGAACUCGGGCAUGCAUCUGGGGGACACGAUGACUCCGACAAAGGCCACCAAUGGAGCAGCUGGCGGUGGCAUCAUCCUGGGCGGACAAAUGAAGCAGAAUCUGCUGCUGUAUGCCACACCCAAUGCGGGCCAGCAGCAGCUCCAGCUGAAUGUCAAUCUGAUGGGCAGUGGAGCGGGUUCACCGCCACUUCUGCUGAGCAACGGGCAUGGCCUGGCGGCCGCCUAUUGCUCGCCACCCGCCUCCCUGCGCAACUACCAGGAGAAGAACCCCGAUCUGGUCAACGAUGCGGAGAGCGUGAAGCACAAGCUGAAGACAGCCGUCUCCCUGGACGGCACCGGGGACUACGAGACGUCCAGCGACUGUGGGCAGUACGAGGGCUGCUACCAGCUGGCCGCAGCGCAUCCCCACCCCCAUCCCCAUCCCCACCAGCAUCCGCACGCGCACCCACUGAUGGGACGCUUCACACAGGCCAUGACCACGCUGCCGCGGGGCAUGCAACUCAAGUCGGUGAUGGCGGGCAGCCAUCAGCCAGCGCCCCACCAAGUCGAUGUCCACUUGAAUCCGGUUUGCUUCUUGGGCCAGGAUGGCUUCGCCUACGACUACAGCAGCGCCCACUUGGUGCAGCAAUCGCCCCAGCAGCAGCAGCAGCAGCAGCAACAGCAGCAGCAGCAGCUGCAGCCAGCUGGGCCGCAGCCUGCCGCAAACUUUUAUCGAACGCUGCCACACAAUCGGCUGCACAAGCAGCAGCAGUUCCAGGGCGCAGCCGCACCCAACUCGAGUCUCCGCUACAGCCUCGAGGCGGAGUUCAUCCAGCGGGGCCCCGUCAGCUAUGAGAAGUACCAGAUGCCCAAUGUACGAUUCACCGCCGAGGGCUAUCCGCAGCAGCAGCAGAUGCAGCUCCAGCAGCAGCAGCAGCAGCAGCAGUUCCCCUCUCCCCCGGAGGGCUAUAAGAGCGAUCUAUCGAUGCUGCCGGCUCCGUUCCAGCAGUGGCCCAGCUGCCUGCCCGGCUAUCGCUACGCCCAGUCACCCACCCAGGCAGCCAUCUCGCCCACACCCCAAGCCCAAGCCCAAGCCCAAGCACAACCACCACCGCCUCAACCACCGCCGCCAGCAGCAGCAGCAGCAGCAGCCACUGCCACAGCAUCGACCUCCACAGGGACUGGCACCAUUCCAGAGCUGGACGAGAGCGAGGCCAUGUCCUCGCCGCGUCCGGAGAAAGCGUCCUCCGAAGCAGGGGCCAGUGCGAGUGGCAGUGCCGCGACGCCCCCAGACGCGGCUGCCGCGGAGGAGAGCGCCAGUGGAGACACCUCGAAGCUGAAGCACUUGAACGGUCCCCUGGCAGACAGCCCCGACGAGGGCUACGUGGGCGAUGGCCAGGAGACGAGCGACAUUUGACAAGGCCCCCCCAACGGGGGCCCGUCGCAAGCUGAUGCUGCCUUAGACGAUUCAGUGGCUCUGUAAAUAGGCACGCUGAUAACAUACACAUAGAUACACACAAACAUACAAACAUAUACCUAGAACUCUCCCCAAGACUUGGCUUACUCUGCCCUACUCUUUUUUUCUAGCCUUAGAUUCUGUUUUUCCUUUCCUACUCCGUGUGUAUCCAUCGACUCCUCCGCAAAGGAAGCAAACAAAAGGCAGACCCAAGUUUAACCUAAUAAUUGGCACAGCCAGCAAUGCGAAACCAAGUAAAGAAAACCCAAAGCACAGGCAAACCGAAGGUUGAAUACUCAGACCCAAAGCAAGAUGUUUCAAUAUCCCACAACAUGUAGAGACCGCAAAAGUGUGGCAAAAGCUCGAAAUUUCUAUUGAAUUUUCUAUGCGAAAUGGAUGAGUUCUAGAUUAUUUUGGGUACUUUCGGGCAGUGUGUUCGAGCAGCAUUCAGUGGCAGCCCAGAUUAGGUUGAAGCAUGGAACAAUGGGCCAGUGGAGGGGCCUAACCUAAUAAGCCGAAAAACAAAGACGAGCCUCUAAACAAAAGGCUCUUGUCGCCGUUUGUUUGUUUGCCUCGAGUGCCAGUGCCUGCCAGCGUUUUAUUUCCGCUGAUGUAAUUGAAAAACUUUUUCAUUUAAUAUAAAGUUUUCAGCAUCUUUCUCUCUGCUGCCUCGACGCCGACACAAGCCAUAUAAAGCAGAGAAAAAUGGUGCAAAAACCCCAAAGAGACAGAGGAGGAGGGAGUCGUAGAAGCUUAGAAAGAAAUACAGGGCCUACGACUAGACAUGUGGAGUGUUUGUGGGUCUGUUGGCUUGUCGAUUGAGUUGUUCAUCCUCCAUUCUCCUCCUCCGGGUCCUCGUUGACAAUUGACUCGGCCGGAGUGCCAACCCGCACAAUGGCCACCCCCAUUCCAGUGGCAGCUCUAAGUCGGUGCCACACUUCAGAGGCAAGUGGCAUGUGUUUUCACCAUGGCGACACCUGACACAAAGGACUUGAACUCAGCUCCGACUGGGAGCCUUUUGGCUCGAGUGGGACCCAGGAAGUCCGAGCCUGCUUCGGGGCAAGUCGAGUGUUCCGCACCGAAAAUCGCGAGUGGCAUUAAGGGUUCCCCCUUUGUAGUGUGCUCUAGUUUAUGAAAUUUUAAUUUGGGCCACAUCCGCCCCCAAUGUUGCAUUUAAAUAAUUUAUGACGUUUAUUUUCUACUAAGCCAAAGUCUUGAGAAACUUUUCCUGCCCGAAUCCCUGCCCCAAAGACAAACACAUCUUGAAUGUUCAAUCCUGAGUUUCGGUAUAUCAAGAGAGGACGAGCAGCAGUGAGGCAAGUGUUUCCGGGUAACAUCUACAGUAGAUAACGUAAAUUAGUACUUAAACAACGUGUCUAACUAGGUAAGAACUAACUAAAUAUAGGCUAAAACCCAAAGACAGUUCGCGACUUGUGUGUAAAUGUAGUUCUAGAAUCGUUUGAGGCAAAAACUAUUCUAAUUCCCGGCACACAAAGGCUUUCCCACACAAAACAGAUCCAGUCAAUGCCGAAGGGGAAAGGAAAAAAACAAUUAGCAAUACAAAAACAGCAUAUGAGAGGGAAAGACGGGGAGGAGAAGAAAGCAAUCAUUUAAGCACAGUAUGGAAUAUUGUAAAUUGCAUAAAUAAAUCAUUAGAUCUAAGGACUCGGCAAACCCCACACUCUCCCCCAACACUCACUCACUCACUCACAGAGGAAGGAACUCCGCAUAAGUGGUUAAGUUUUAUUUACACCAAAAGAGCUAGUUGGCACCUUAAGGAAUAUAGCAACAGAAACUACAUUUAGAAAACAGAAGAGCAGCAAAAAUAAAUACAUUUUAGCCUAGACAAAAGCAGUAAAAAUUGUUUAAAUCUCGACACAAGAAACACACAAAGAAAUAUUUAACAACGGAAUUUGCUGGCAGGCCUCUGGCAGCUGCCCAAAAGGUAAAAAUAAUUUUAAAUAUUCUAUUACAUAAAAUGCAAAAAAAAA